UUAGUUCUGCGAUGUUUAUGCGCGUAACUGAAGGUGUUUGGUGGGUGGAGUUUAGUGUGUCUGAAGCAGCAGCACCUCGCGGAGCUUCAGUCAGAUUCACUAAUGAAACUCGCUUUGUCCGUCUUGGACUUUCUCAGACGAGUUUGUUCGUUUUUCAGAGUGUCUGUUUUCAUACGGAGUUCAGAGGACUAGUUCAAACACGUCCUGCUCGCGCUCUGCAGUAAGUUUGUAUGAUGAUGUGAAUGCGAUUAUCAGCGGAGGAUCGCGGCUCGAGCUCCGGGAGGAUGAAUGUGUUUCUCCGGCUCGGAUUCUCUUUUCUGCUGCUCUUCUGCGCGCUCGUUUCUACUCAAGGUCCAGAAUGUGGUGCUGGAUGUCAUCGACACCACGGGUUCUGUGAGCAGUCUGGAGAAUGCAGGUGCAGAGCCGGUUGGCGAGGCGCGGCGUGCGAUCAGUGCGUUCCUGCACCCGGCUGCGCGCACGGAGCGUGUGAAGAGCCCGGACAGUGCAUCUGUGACCGCGGCUGGACGGGAGCGCGCUGUGAUCGAGAUGUUCGUCUGUGUUCAUCAAAGCCCUGCUCGGGAAACUCCACCUGUGUGGAGAUGGAGGGAGGAGGAGGUGGACACGUCUGCCUUUGUUCUGCUGGAGACACGGGGGAGAACUGCCAGCUGAAGAAACCCUGUUCAGCCGACGGCUCUCACUGUCAGAACGGAGGAACCUGCGUGGACACGAUCGGCUCUGACAGCCGUCCCUCCUGCCUCUGUCCUCCUGGAUUCACCGGCGCGUUCUGUGAGAUCCAGCCUGACGUCUGCGAGCCCAAUCCGUGCGUGAACGGUGGCAGGUGCGUCCGUCAGGAUCCGGAAUACACCUGCGUCUGUCCGCCGCCCUUCUCCGGCCCGGUCUGCAGCGGCAGUCUCUCGACGUGUUCCAGCGGCCGCUGCGUGAACGGAGGCUCCUGCGUGAACGGCACAGACGGCGGGAUCCGCUGCGCCUGCCUUCCCAGAUUCACCGGGCCGUCUUGUGAACUUCACGUCAACAAGCUCAAGCGCAGAGUUAAAGUGCAGCACUACGCCGCGCCGGCUCUCCACAAGCUUCUCCGGCCGGUUCAGGCGUCUGCAUCGCUGGUCACCCGCAGCCAGGUCAUCUGUUUCGUGGUUCUGGGUCUCCUCACCUGUCUGGUGGUGCUGGUCACGACAGGCAUCAUCUUCUUCCACCGCUGCGAGGCGUGGAUGGCCAACAGCAGGUACCGGCAGCUGGUGCAGCAUCAGAGGGAUCUCCUCCUGCGAUCUGACGCCGAGCAGCCCGUCAAUAUCAUCCUGCCCGAGAAGAUCCGGCUCAGUAACUAUGGGAGGCAUUACACCUCCAUCUGACAGAGGAUCGUGUCAGUGUGUCUGUGAUUCACACCGCUGCAGGAUUUCAAGGUUUCCAUGAACUUACUGUUGGAACACAAACAUGAUCGUCCUCAUGCGAGAGACCCCGUCCUGACAUUUAAAAGGCAUCUAUCUAUCUUUUAAACACUCAAAAAAUGUAAAUUAAAAAAUAAUUUCUAUUAAGUUUCAUUAUUAUACUUUUUUUCUACCCACUUAAGUGAUAUAGGGUGAAUUCAGGUUGAUUGGGACACUUUUUGCCAUUGAGUUGACUGGGAAAAAGUGUCUUUAUCAACUGGAAUUCACCCUACUGCUAAAUGUAUCAUUCGUUUUAUGUUUAUUUAAUUAUUUUUUUAUCUAUUUAUUUUUCAUUUAUUUAUCACUAAUAUAUAUUAUUUUUUUAAACACUCAUUUUAUUCAUGUAUGUAUUUUAAUGUAAUUUAUUUACUUAUUUUAAUCAUAUUAUUUAUGAUUUAUUUAUUUUAUUUUUCCCAGAUUGAACGUGAUUCUCAUUCUGAAGUCUUCAGUUUUCUGUAGUCAUCACUGAUUCUGUUAGUCCUCUGCUGAAGGAAAGCCGAGCAGAUGAACUGUUUACCUGAGCAGGUGAUUUACAUGUGAUCGGAUGACUAAUGUAGCACUUAAUAAACCAGUGUUUAUCGAUGUUGUAGAGUAA